CUCAAUGUGAAAUUUCAUAAAGUGCAACCGGGAAAAUUAGACGCCUCUGGACACACCUCUGAAUCCGUAACUAAGUCUGAAUCUCCGUUGUCAAUCGGUCAGCGUCCAUGGAACCAGAGUCGCAGCAGCCGGAGCAGUCAGUAUCUCUCCAGGAUUGCUUGAAGCUACUAAAGGGCGAGAGAGAUGAGCAACGACUCGCUGGCCUGCUUCUCGUGACCAAAUUCUGUAAAGGCGAGGACCUCGCUUCGCUUAGGACUAUCUACGACGCCGUUGGACCUCGCUUUUUGGACCGCCUCUUAAAGACCGGGUUGGGUAAAGGUGUGGUGAGUAGCGGCAGCGGUGAAAACCGGGAGGCGUACUUGCAGCUGUCAGUUACGGUUCUUUCUGCAUUCUGUCGGGUUACAGACAUUGCUUCUUCGGAAGAAAUGGUUUCGAAGAUUCCGGUGAUUGUUGAAGUAAUGUCAAAGGGAGCAGGCUCGAAUGUGCUGGAAGAAUGCUAUGAGUUUUUAUACUUGGUGUCAGCCGCUUCCGAGGAUGGAGUUACGGCACUGUAUGAGUCUGGAGGGAUGAAGUUACUCGCUUGUCAAAUGUCCACUCUGCCAGAUGGGUCUCAUUUGAUGGAACUUGCCAUGAAGCUUGUGCAAUUGAUGCUAAGGAAGCCGUCUCUAGGCAUCACUAAGAAUGACCAUCUCUCAGAGUUGUCAAUCAUUGUGGCCAUAAUAGCAAGACAAUUUGCUCUCCUACAAAAUGCCAUGAAGUUUGAAGCACUUCACUUAGUGUCUGCUAUCUUCUCUUCAGAAUAUACGACAUUACUUCAUGAUGCUUUCAAUGAAAUGCCAAAUGAGAACUGGUCAAACCAUAUACGUGAUGGUGUUGCAGCAAUUUUACAGAACCGUGUAGCACCUGCCGAAAAAUUUGAGGCCCUUAUUGUGGCUGAAGCCAUGGUAUCUAUAAUGGGUGAGGGUUGGCUCAUUGGCCAGAUAAACUUGCCUAAUGUACAUGACCCUAUUCCAGCGGACAGGUGUCUAUUGCUUGUCUUAGAGUCAUCAAGGGUUGAAGUUGCUGUUUUGCUGAAUGAGCUAGCCUAUGCAAAAUAUGAAGCUUCUGGGACUUCUUCUUCUUCAACAGCUGAAACUAUUAUUUUGAAGCAACAGAAAGUGACAAUAGUCUUUUCCUUGUUGGAGAAGAUAAUAAAAUUGAUAUCAAGCAUUGAUGAAAGUGAAGGGCACGUUAUUAAUGAAAGUACUUUCACAAAGGUGAUCAAGGGCCUUAAUGAGACUAUUGGUGUGGUUCUAGAGUAUCUACAAGAUGCAAAGGAACAUGGGCAAAAGAGAGGAAAUGAUCUUCUUGCUUCAGUACGUCUUGUGGGGAGCUAUCUUGCAGAAACACCCAUUGCAUGCGAAGAGAAAAUCAGGGAACUGUUAGGCUAUAUGCUUUCAGUUGAAGGUGAAGAUGAAUCAAGCCCUUUUUACUCUGUAUGCUUUCUGCUUCCAAUGUUGUGUCAAAUGACAAUGAAGAUUGAAGGAUGCAAACUUUUGGCUUCUUCUGGAGGGUAUAAAGCUGUUGUGGACUGCCUCGUAAAGUUAAUUGGGCAAAACAGACAUGGUGUAGAGGAUAAUGGUUGCAUUUUCUUGGCUUGUGAUACAGUCAUGAAUUUUCUUUUAAAGAGAGAGCAAUUUCAGUUUCCAGAGGAUGAAUCAACGUUUUAUAAUCUUUUGAAAGCAUUGGCAAUUUGGACAGAGGACACUAAUGACCUAUCUGUUGUUAUGAUGGCUUCAAGUAUUUGCACGCUGGUAUUUGAUUUUACAUCCGAAGAUGCUCUUUUGAAUUAUCCUGAUUUUAGUAGCAGCUGUCUUAAUAGUCUGUCACGGCUCAUUGCAAGAAGUUUGGAUUCAUGGGGGCAGGAUAUGUCUGAUGUUGCUAAAGGAGAGAUGGAUCUUUUAGAGAUUGUUACUGCAGGAUAUUCUCGAUGGGUGAAUCGAUUCCCUCGCAUAAGAAAUGCAGUUGAGAGAUAACUCAAAUGGAAAUCAAAGUUGACCUUGUUAGGACUUGCUUUCUUUGGAGGGAUCUUGACCCUGACUCCAUGCGCCUUUGAUGGCACAACAAAUGAGGGCCACACGAAAAGCACAGCAGAGGAAUGCAUAAUUCUAUCUUCUUUCCUCUCAAGACAGCAUUGGUUAUUGAAUGAUGAGUUCAUGAUCAACCCUCACGCCAAGCUUACCCUUCCUCUUUAGUUAGCUUCUCAGUGGUCAGUUACACACAUCUGCUUAAAAUUGACGGAAAAAUAUGAACGGGCAAAGAGAUAGGGGGGUUAUGAUCAUGGGCAUAGUCAACCCCUUUCCAUCUCUGGCCUAAUUUACUGUUUACAAUUUACUAGAAAUCAAUGUGUGAUAACAUACAUUGCCCGGAGUAGGUCGGACGAUGACGGGAAACAAAACAUAAAGUGUAAUUUAGCGUUGAGUUUAUAUUUGAUGGAUUGUCAAUGUAUAAACUUUUUUCAUUGCAUAUGUGCUCGGAUUAGGUCAUAUGACGAAAAAUAAAACACAGUGUUGGGUUUAUAUGUAACAGAUCAUCAGUGUAUAAAUUGUUAUGUAUUAGGUUUAUAUUUGAUAUACUGUCGAUGUAUAAAUUUUAUUCAUUAACAUUAAAUUCAAUAUCUGUCACUUUCUAAA